GACUACAUGUUAGUCGCAUGGCGGACAUUGGCUUGACAAGACGUACGGUACGGAAGUUCCCGAGUACGACCGACUGAUUGCGAAAGCCUUCAGAAACAACAACCGUCGGCCCUUCCUAAAGGAAGAUCUGUGUGCUGUGAUUUAUCACUCAGGGGGCCGAAACACGCGCAACAACGGACAACCCCACAGGACCGGGGGGUGCUUCUCGUGUCUCGGGAGGAAGGGACGAUAUUCGCUCCCUAUCCGCUGAGCAACGCUGGAUCCCUCCUUCAACUGUUAGACGCGAUGCACUCACCCCAGAAAGCAGAAAUGAUCUCAUCUUUAGAAAGGUGCGGGGUAUUCUUAAUAAGCUUACGCCGGAAAAGUUCGCAAAGCUGAGCAGCGACCUGCUCAACGUUGAGCUUAAUUCUGAUGUGAUUCUCAGAGGUGUCAUUUUUUUGAUCUUCGAAAAAGCACUUGAUGAACCCAAGUACAGUUCUAUGUACGCACAGCUGUGCAAACGGCUGUCUGACGAAGCUGCAAACUUUGAACCACGAAAAGCACUCAUUGAAAGUCAAAAAGGCCAAAGCACAUUCACAGUUCUCCUUCUUAACAAGUGCAAAGACGAAUUUGAAAAUCGUUCAAAGGCAAGCGAGGCAUUCGAAAAUCAGGAUGAACUUGGCCCAGAGGAAGAGGAACGCCGACAGGUGGCUAAGCGCAAAAUGCUUGGUAACAUUAAAUUCAUCGGAGAACUGGGAAAAUUGGGAAUCGUAUCGGAAACGAUUUUACAUCGUUGCAUCCAGCAACUAUUGGAGAAGAAAAGGCGAAGGAGAUCCAGGGGGGAUACUGCCGAGGAUAUCGAAUGCCUUUGUCAAAUCAUGCGUACCUGCGGCCGUAUCCUUGACUCGGAUAAAGGCCGCGGACUUAUGGAUCAAUAUUUCAAUCGUAUGAACUCCUUAGCUGAGAGCAGAGAUCUUCCUCUACGCAUCAAGUUUAUGCUGCGUGAUGUCAUUGAGCUACGCCGUGAUGGCUGGGUACCGCGUAAGGCUACCAGCACUGAAGGUCCAAUGCCAAUUAAUCAAAUUCGCAGUGAUAAUGAAGAGUCUUCGAGGGGAAAUGGCUUCCAUAGACGUGAGGAUCGCCUCGGAGCUGAAUUUUUAAGAAAAAUGGGACGUAGCGGAUUAGACAUGGAUAUGAUGGGAAGUAUACCAUUGACUUCUCCAUCGUUCGGCAUGCCAUCCCCAUUCAGCCCUAACGGAUUCUCUGGAUCUUCCGGGGUUACUUAUGGCCGUCACAAUCAACGUAACCAGCCGGGUUACUAUCAGAAUCGUAACCAAAACAACUAUCAAGGAAAACACAAUCAACAGCAACAUAAUUCACCGCAAAACUUCAAUAACAAUAGCAAUAAAGAACAAUUACGCUUCAAUAAAAAUAAGAUGUUGAUUGGGCAUCCAGAAGAAGUAUCACUAAGACCAUCAGCUAAUUCUAUGAUGUUUAAACAAACUAACAUCAAUCCCAACCUACCUCUCAACAGUGAUCUGUUCACAGGACGAGCAUCGGAAUUACCUCUUCUACGUACUAGCACAUUAAAACCCAGCUCGCCAUUAUUGCACAAGGAAUUGUCACCAGCAAUCGUAAUAAAACAAGGUCCUGUAGAUAAACGAGAAAAAGCUCGUGAUAGAAAGGACAAAGGAACCUCUAGAGAAGAGAUACUGAAAAAAGUGAACUCCUUGAUGGACGAUCUUGCUUCUCAUACGAAUAUACAGGACGCAAUAACAGCUUUUCAAGAUCUUAAAAUACCUGAACGAUUUUUACGUCACGCAGUUUAUACGUUAUAUUCUAAUACAUUAGACCGCGGAGAUUCUGAGCGUGAACUCGCAGCUAAACUUGUAGUUGAAUUGGAGAAAGCAGACAUGAUUACCGUACAGCAGAUACAUGAGGGAUGGAAAGAACUAGUGUCCAAUAUUCCAGAAAAAGAGAGUACUGUGCCUUGUGUAGCUUCUCACGUUGCCUUCUUAACAGCCAAGGCUAUUGUGGAUAAUUUAAUUCAAUUAACCGAUCUGGUUGCUGUGACAGAAAACGGUCAGCAUCAUCCAUUGUUUUUACUUACACUUCAGCAGUUACAUAAAAGCCAAGGCAAAGCAAGACUCACACAGAUCUUUAACGAGAGCAAGGUGAAUCUUAUUAGCCAGCUACCUGAAGCAGACAAGACAAAAGAGAGACUUGCGGAGAUCUUGGAGGACAGAGAAUUGACUUUCCUUUAUCCGCUUCUUAAGAUCCAGGGAGAUAUAUGGCGUCAAUUAGAAUAUGACCCAAAUCCUAAUACUCUUUACAAAUGGAUCAAAGAAAAACUAGAACCUUCGCAUCAUUCUGAUUCAGAGUUUAUUAACGCUUUGAUGAACGUUCUUCUGAAAUACAUUACACAGGAAACAAUACUGGCACCUGGGGUUGAUCCUUCUAGUGUAGGAAAAUCAGUAAUAGAUAAGGAAAAAGCAUUACUGGAAAAAUAUGCACGUUUGAUGCGUUUACUCUUCGUCGAUAUAGAGUCUCAAGUGACAGCUCUCCAUGCACUUCAAGCAUUUUGGUUCUCGCACAAUUUUCCAAAAGGGAUGCUAUUGCGAUGGUUUGAUGGACUUUAUCGAUUAGAGGUGAUUGAAGAAGAUGCCUAUUUCAAAUGGAAAGAAUGUGUUACUGAUGCUUAUCCGGGCAAGGGUAAAGCAUUAUUUGAGGUCAACAGUUGGUUAACAUGGUUAGAUAAUGCAUCCACGGAAGAAGAAAGUGAUGAUCAUAACGACGAUGAAGACAACAAUAAAAACUACAGAAUGCAAAAACUGUGAGAACAAUACGUUCUUCCGGUUACCUAUAAUUUGGAAUAGGGUUUUGCUAUCUAUAUUACUGGACCAGGCGGUUUCAGUUUACUAAUUGAGUUGUCUCCAUCUAUUGCCACAAACAUCUUGUUAGUCUGUGUCAAGCCCUCGUUCAAAGAAGAUGAAGAAGACAAAGAAGAAAAGGACUUUACAAUCAUGUCCACAAAAAAAAAAAAAAAACAAUACGGAAAACAUAGUUUGCAACCCAUCGAGUGGUUUGCAGCAGACUUUCUAAGGAAGAAGUUUUAGAAUGUUUUAGAUAAUUGAAUAUUGAUAUGAUUUGUUAUCAUAUUGGGCCAGCAGAUGUAUCAACAUUCGCCGCUGUAUGAACAUCGGUGCAGAAAGAAACAAGAAAAAAAUUAGUCUGGUGAUUUGUGUUGUCAAAGUUUUUGUCUAGUAUUGUGCAUGUGUCACGUUUUUGUAAGUCUUUUUGUCCGCGUCACCAGCGAGUCGCUUGUUAUCUCUGUGUACCAGCUUUUACAUUUAUUAUGAGGAAUUAUUAUCUAUUAUUAACUAUUAUAUUAUUAUUACUAUUAUAUAAUUCAUCACAACAGUCGAAAUACAUCUACUUUUCCUAAAGAAACAGAAAAAGAUAUCCAUCAGAAACAGAGGACUGACUCAGUAGUAUAAUAUAUAAAGUGCGACUAAUUAAUUCUCUUUAAAAGGUAAAACAAAAAAAAAGAAAAAAAAUUGAAUGAAUUUGUAGAUCUUGAAAAAACGGAAAACACUGAGUCAAACUUAUACACACACCAAUCAACCAAACACCAUUUUUGCCCAUGUACCUAUAUUUGCUGCUCCAUUAAUUCUACUCUAAAAUACUAAUCAAAGCAACCAGCAGCCAACAUCACAAUUCACUUUAACGUAACAUAACAUAAAAAAAAUUUAGUGACACGACUAAAUCGUAUUUAAAAAUAAACAUACCUUGGUGUAAUUUAUUACAGAUGGCCCCCUGGUUGUUCUGUCGAUGAACCAACAGUCACCUUACCUUCUUUUCCUGCCUAUAAUCUCUCCUAAUUAGAAUUCUACGCAUCAACAUACAAUAUUUUUUUUUAAUUAGUGCGUAACUUUCAGACACGAUGCCAUAAGUUCGCCUAAAAGAAAGUUAGUGCAAUAUCGCAACUUCUCAUGAUCGGUGAAAGAAGAAAGCAGAUAUUAAUUUAGAAAUUAAUUCAUCGACUUUCGCUUUCCCAAUAGCACAUUCGAAUUGAAUUAAUUUUGUUAAGCCUCCUUGUACGUAAUUAUUAUUAUACACCAAUUAAUUAAACAUAAGAAUUUGGAUACUUUUUUCUUUUUUUAAUUAUUUAUCGAUAAUAUUCCAGGAUAAUGUACGCAUUAAAAAAAAAUUGUUAAUUGCUACGUCGCCCUCCAAUGAAGAAUUUGAAUUAAACUGCAUCUUUUUCCCACCAUGUAGUAGGUAAUUUGCACCCAGAGUGUCGUCAGUCCAAAUACUUAUGUUGAAUCGAUCAUUGUUAAAUUUAUUUCUUUUUUGAAUACACAUUUAUCGGAGGUACGCAUUAUUCACAAAUUAAUUGAAAACAAGUUCUAGAAAAAUAAAUUCAUUAUUCUCGAUACAUUUAAUUCAAAUCGUGUGUAUCAGAUGUGUAUUCAUUUAUUGUUUUAUUUAAUUCUCAAAGAUAAUGACUUAAUCCUCGCUGCGAUAAAUUAAUUCUAAUUUGAAAAUAUUCUUUGUACGUGGAAUAUAUUUAAUAGUGACAUUAGUGUAAUAUUUUAAUGAAUAUUUGUGGUAUAAUUAUGUGUUUUGUUUGUUGCCUUCUUAUUAUGAACAUGAAAAAUAAGAAAAAAUAAUUAUCUACAUAAAUAAUUAGUAAAUGAUUAAUAUCAAUAAGUACUAUUCAAUUUUUCAGCUGCUAUGUAACAUGCGAUAUUGUACUUUAACUUUAUUAAUUUAUUUUUCUCCACGUAUAUUAAUUAUAAAUUAAUUGAAAAUGAGCAAAAAAAAACAAAUAAUGCAACGUACGAAUCAUGUAUAAUAUCGUCAGUAUUAUUUCUCACAUAAUGGACUACAUUAUAAUCGUUUUUAAUUGAUCAUAGACAUUAAACUGAUAAGAAAUCUCUUUUAUCUUUAUCAAUAAAAUUUGUUCCUAGGAUUAUCAUCUUUACGACUUUGUGUCUGUCGUUCUCUCUUUCACCAUUCACUGUUCAUUUUCACGGUUAACAAAAAAUUUACGAAAGUAUUACAAUUUUUCAUGAAAAAAACCGCUUUUCAUAUUUUCAAAAAAAUUUCUUUCCUCAUCUUGCAUUAACUUCAUUAUCACAGUAUAUGACAUUGUUUUGUCGUACUUUUAAAUUAUUAUCUAAAUAAUCUUAUAAAAAUAUCAAAAUGGUACCUCAUGCCCUUUUCUCAUUAUUUAGUUCUCUCGAUUACCAUUGUUAUACUCACGUGAUAAUUUUAAUAAAUGCGUACAGUGUGUAUAUGUAUAUACAUACAUACAUCCUCUUACUAGCAUAAGAAUCUCUAUUUACAAUGACGUGUAUUGCUUUACAAGCUACUUUUGUAUAAAUCACGUUUAUCUUCAUCAUCUCAUGGACUUCCGAGACAUCGUGAAUAUUCUAUCUCUAUCGCAUACUAUAUAGUAUAAAAGCGAACAAUAUGUAUAUUCGAAGAUCAAUUCCAAAUUGACAUACAGACUUUUUGUGUAUAUUUUGUUCUUCAAAACUAUUCAUAUAUAUAUAUGUAAUAGCGAUACUAUGUUAAAUUCCGUGUUGACAACUGAAUAUAUGUAAUUCGAGUAAUACAUUUGAAAAAAAAGAAUCAUGUUAUUGAAACGAUAUAAGUAGUAGAUAGAAAGUAUCAUCUAAUCAAGUUUAUCAACCAACGAUUACAACUCAGUGAAUGUCCUAUCGACAAUGGACAUAAUAAGAAAAAAUUUUUUAAUUGUAAACGCAAUAUAAUUCACACUAUAUAAGUGAACGUUGAAAUUUGUCAAAGAACAUGAUGAAGGAACGAUGACCGAUAUUUCGACGAUAUCUCUUUCGCAGCACUUAUAAUGUUUCAUGAAUGUGAGUCACCUGAUGUCUUUUUUAUGUAUAUUUCGUGUGGAAACAAUAAUCGUACAGGGAAAAAUUCAAAUUGACCAAAUACAUGACUAAACUCGACUUUUAUACGCAUACUUGUCCAUAACUUAUACGACAUACGUAACUCAUAAGAAGGCGUAUUGAUAAUGGAUCGUUUAAUGUUAAUCAACAGAAGAAUCAAGAUUUCUGUUUUUUACCUCCAUUGUUACUUACCUCCUUUCCUUUCGUCAUAUAUUUACGGCGAAAAGGGUAAACGAAAUUAAAGUUUUGAACGUCGAAUUGUCAACAUUUUAAUAUACAAAAUAGCAUUGUUGGACUUGUAAAGCAAAAUCGCUCAAAAAUGAUUCAAAAGGAACAUUUCUCGUACCAAUAUUCCUAUUUAUAUACUGCACAUUUAGAGGUAUAUAUACAUAUAUUAUAUAUAUUCGAUAAUGAAAACAAAUAAUACAAGUAUAUGGUGAUACGUGAUGAUUUUCUGGGAUUUUGAGAUUUAUCGAGAAAAAAAGAUAGAUAAACUUCGACUGAAAUAAAUAACUAUAACAAAAACUUGAUAUUAUACAAGAGAAAGUGCGUUCGGUGUAUAUUAUUACUGCAUGCAAUAUAGCAUUACACGUGUUUGGCUCUAAUAAACAGUGUUUAUUUGGUAUACGUGUAGAGCCUUUUUUGAAAACACAACUUUGCAUACAUAUAAACAAAUUAUAGUUAACUAUAAUUCUAAAUACGCGACGGUAUUUCAGCAAUUCUCAUUCUUUCUCUACGAGCGUUUCAAUUUUUUAAAUCUAUAUUGCUAAUAACAUUUACAUUAAACUGAUGUAACAUAUUAUCAACUGCCAUUAGUAUAUAGUAUAUAUAAACGAAAUAUAAUGCUUUUAUCAUAUUGUAAAAAGUUAUCUCGAGUACAUUCGUACAACGUUAGUUUAUAAUCUUACCUUUAACAAAUUUUGUUCAUUCUUUGUUUUUUACUGAUCCCUUUACAACAGACUUUCGCCGCGAAAUCGAUGAAACAAAAACGGAUUUCAAUGUUAUCUAAAAAGGUAUCGUUUCUAGAUGUUACUUCUUACGUGAAUCUCGUUAUCGUGUCGAGGACAUUCGAUAAUCCAGUUUACAUUUUGUAAAAGAACAUAACUUGUCGCUAAACGUUAUACGGCAAGUAUGUGUGUCAUGUAUGUAUACAUAGUCUAAUUGGCGUGCCAGCGUUUCCAAAUUAUGUGUAUGCGUUUUACGGCACGAUGCAAAACACUUUGUCAAAUGAAACACAAUGCAGAUAUAGGAUAUGUUUUAAAAAUGAGGCGUGCGAUAAUAAUUUGUUCUUUUAUUUUUGUUGUUGCGCGCGUGCGAGCGGUCUUUCUCAUCUACGAUCCAACUUUAACGACUUUAAUAAAACUGAACAAUCGUCGCGAAGAAAUAUAAAUAUAAUAUAAGAUAAACUAAUCACAGACUCUAUCUUGAUAUAUUUUUUUUAAGGUAUUUACAUUAGCAAGGAUCGAUCAUUAAAGCAAUACUUGCUACUUUAUAUUUACUUUUGAUACAAGUCAACUAACAUUUCUCAAACAAAUUAUAUUAUAUUAUCUGAUAAACUGCUUAACAAUGAUAGUUGUACCAUUUUAAAUGAAAGUAAGGCGGGUAUCGAUUUAUUUUAGAGUACGACCUGAUUUUACUUCGGCUAUGCACCACAUGUAUGUAUAUAUAUAUAUACGCACAUAUAUAUAUACACAUGUAUGCGCACGUAUGUAUGCGUGUAUGGUUGUGUGUACAUGUUUUUAGGGAUAUGUGAAUAUAUCUGUGUGUGAACGCAUAGAUAAAAUUUCCUAUCCGUGGAACAAGUUCGAUUACGUAACAAAUUUGCAUUUCCCUUCACAUGCAGUUUUAACAGUAAUUUUCGUCCAAUGUUAAUUCAAUUUUCGACGUUUACUGAAUACAUUACGUAAACAAUCAUUUAUAUUCACAAGCGAGAAAUAAGUAUGUUAAGAUUGAGUAUCCGAUGAAAUAUCGUUUGAUCGUUGAAAAAGGUUAAAACUAAAACGUUUUGACAAAUCAAUAAAACUCUUCUUUCUUCUGUAUCGUAUUGACUUUUCUUUCUUUUUUCCAGCUACUUUUUUACACAAAUUUCUCUUCAUCUCGUUCUCUAUAUUUUGUUUCUUUUUCUUCGAACACGUAAAACAUCGAACAAUGUUGCAGUGAGACGCGACUUAGGUACCAGUGAUGUAAUAUAGAAAGCAUGGUUCUUUAAAUUGAAUGGCAGUGAUAAAAAAUGGAUCGUCAUCAUGCGUUUAAUUACUCUUAUCGCUAGUAAUAUAGUGUAUGUAUACAGCUAGGUAAAUUUUCGAUGAUACACAAGUGAGUACUGAUACUGUUUGUCCAAAUUAAAUUUUUAUUAAACACGGUUUUCUUUUCUGUAACAUCGAGGACGAAUUAUAACAUAAAUAAUUAUUAUUGAUCAGUAUCACUUUUUUGCGCUCAACAAUGAGUCUAUUUUUAAUAUAACACUGGAAGAUAGUACAUGAGGGGCGGCGGCGGCGGUGACAGCGGUGUCUUUCCUCCAUCUGCCAGUGCUCUUUUCUCAUUUAUUUCCCUUUCUUUACUUUUUGGGCUUUUUCAUUCACUCUUCCUCACACACACUAGCAUUCACCAGACUUCCUUUCUUUACCACGCACACACAACACACACAUACACGCCUAUUUGCACAUCAAUUUUUACUUUCGCUCUCAACUACACAAAAUUUUUUGGUAUACAAUUAAUACCCAACCUAAUCUAGCCUAAAAAACUCUUUUUAAUCGUAUUGUGUAAAGCAUGGCGGGUGAUAUAUACAUUGCACGGGAACAAUUUAUGAUCAGAUAGCAGAUGUUUCUUUCUUUUUCUUUUAAUUAUCAUUAUUAGAUAGAUAGGAAACAUAUUUAGGAUGGCAGGAAGAAGGGGGAACAGAGGUAAUUGGCGUAAUAUAUUCGUGUGCUUUUUUGCAUUUUGUUCGAAUAUAAAGUUGUGUUUUGUUUAAAGUGAAGAUCGCUCUUGCGCUCUCUAUCACUCUAUCUUUUCUUCAUUCUAUCUCGUUGCAGAAAGCCACCACCACCGCUCCCCGGCUCGCAUUUGCGUUUCGCUUGUGUUAUACUGCUAGUUACGAAUUAUUCACAAAAAAUGUUCAAUUUUUCUUCCAUUUCCUUUACGCCGUUUUUAUUCCGUUUCUUUCUAUCAUCGUUGUUAA